CACAACGAUGUGAAGGACGGGAUGGACAUCAACGUGACGGGCGUCUGGGAGCGCAACAUCACCGGCGCCGGGGUCACGGUGGUCGUGGUGGACGACGGGGUCCAGCACACCCUGGAGGAUAUUCAGCCCAAUUAUAGUCCCGAGGGAAGUUACGACCUGAACUCGGACGACCCCGACCCCAUGCCUCAUCCCGACGGACACAGUGACAACCAUCACGGCACGCGCUGUGCCGGAGAGAUCGCCGCCGUGUCCAACAAUAGCUACUGCGCUGUGGGAGUGGCGUACGGGGGACGAGUGGCAGGCAUCCGGGUUCUGGACGGACCCCUCACUGACAGCAUGGAGGCGGUGGCGUUUAACAAGCACUACCAGGUCAAUCACAUCUACAGCUGCAGCUGGGGGCCGGAUGAUGAUGGCCGGACGGUUGAUGGACCGCAUCCCUUAGGCAAGGCGGCGCUGCAGCACGGCGUGAUCGCGGGCCGGAAAGGGUUCGGCAGCAUCUUCGUUGUAGCCAGUGGCAACGGAGGACAGUAUGAAGACAACUGCAACUACGAUGGCUAUGCUAACUCCAUCUACACCGUGACCAUUGGAGCGGUGGAUGAGAAUGGCAGGAAGCCGUUUUACGCUGAGGAGUGCGCCUCUAUGCUAGCAGUGACCUUCAGCAGUGGAAGCAGACAACUGCGCAGCAUCGUGACGUCGGACUGGUCUCUGCAGAGUGGCACGGGCUGCACUGACGGGCACACGGGCACGUCUGCAGCGGCUCCUCUGGCCGCAGGGAUGGUGGCCCUCAUGCUGCAGGUGCGGCCCUGUCUGAGCUGGCGGGACGUUCAGCACAUCAUCACCUUCACCGCCACACAGCAUGACGCACAGGCGGACUGGAGAAGGAAUGGAGCCGGUUUCCAUCACAGCCACAUGUACGGCUUCGGCUUGCUCAACGCCUGGAGGCUGGUCAACGCUGCCAAGGUUUGGGAGUCCGUCCCCUUCUUGGUGUCCUACCAGAGCCCAGUUUUAAAGGCCAAUGAGAUCAUCCCAGCCCAUCCGAAAACGCUCACUCACACUUGGAAUGUCACGGCGUCUGACCUGAGGCGUUCGGGCAUGCAGACGCUGGAGCACGUGUCCGUCACCGUGACGGUGGCCCAUCCUCGGCGGGGGAACGUGGAGCUCACGCUCGUGUGUCCCAGUGGGAUGACCUCGCUGAUCGGAGCCAAGCGAGCGCUGGAUGUAGAUCCGACUGGAUUAACAGACUGGACGUUUUCCACUGUGCGCUGCUGGGGAGAGCGAGCAGAGGGACAGUACAGGCUACAGGUCACCGACUACAGAGGGCCGACUCUGGCAUUGGGCGUUCUGAAGUACUGGAAACUCACUCUGUACGGCUCAUCUCUGUCUCAUCAGCAGGUGAAAGAGAGACAAAGAGUUGUUGAAGAGGCCAUGGGGGGCCAGUACCUCCACAGCAGCUUUGCCCUGCCCUGCCCUCCCGGUAUAGAUGUUCCUCCCGAGACCGUGAGCCCGUUCACCUCCAGCAGCCUGAAGUCUCUCCUGCUGCUGGGCUGCUUCGCCCUGUUCUGGUCGCUGUACUACACUCUGGAAGUGACCCUCACCCACUGGGACUGGCGUGGCUGUGCUGUGGCCGGGGGGGCGAGAGGCCGAGGACUGCAGGCCGGAUCCAUAGGCCUAGAGGACAGUCAAGUGGUUGAGAUCCAGCCCGAGAUGGACAGCGAGUCCAAAGUCCCCCUCAUUGCUGCUGAUGAGAACACGUAG